UUCUACCUUCCCGGUGCCAAUUCUCAAGCCUUCGCGGAUAAUGACCCCGUCAAGCUCAAGGUGAAUAAGCUAACUUCGACGAAAACGCUCAUGCCCAUUGACUACUACCGCCUGCCCUUUUGCAUUCCGGAGGGAGGAGCCAAGAUGGACAAUGAGAAUCUAGGAGAGUUCCUCUCCGGAGAUCGCAUUGAGUCCUCGCCGUAUGUUCUCCAAAUGAAGAACGACAUGUACUGUGAACAGCUCUGUAUCGCCAACCUUGGACGGGGCGAACAACGCGGCGUUCAGCCCAACAAGUUCGUCAAGGCCAUCCGCAAAAACUACCACAAUAACUGGAUCGUCGACAACCUCAGUUCCGCCAGUAAAGCCGAAAACGAUAAAGAAGUGACUACGAGAUACUGGCAGGGCUUUCCCGUUGGCUUUAUUGGCAAUGAUGGCCAAGCCUACGUGAACAACCACGUCAAUAUUGAAAUCAUGUACCAUCCAUCGGAUACGGAAACGGACAAGUACCGCAUCGUGCGAUUCGUGGUGGAACCCUUUUCCAUCAAGCAUGAUUCCGAACCGGUAGUGGACGAUACAAACGAUGUUGACGACACACACACUCACACCACCUACGAUAUGAUUACCCAGUCGGGUCGGGAACCCCAACGCGCUUCUGGUCAAGUCCUCUUUACCUACGAUGUUAAAUGGGAACUCAAUACCGAGGUCAAAUGGGCAUCGCGUUGGGAUAUUUACCUCAACAUGGACGACGCUGUUCCCGCCAAAGUACACUGGCUGAGUAUUGCAAAUUCUCUUGUCAUUGUCUUUGUGCUCAGCGCCAUGAUUGCUGCUAUUUUGAUCCGCAACUUGCGACGAGACAUUUCUCGGUACAAUCGUCUCGCGACGGACGAAGAGAAAGCGGAGGAUUUGGAAGAAUACGGCUGGAAGUUGGUGCACGCCGACGUUUUUCGGCCACCCACAUUCUCGCCGCUAUUGUUGGCGGUUGCUUGCGGCACUGGAGCUCAACUGCUCGCCAUGACCUUUUUGACGAUUGCGUUUUCUGCGAUGGGAUUUAUGAGCCCAGCGAGACGCGGACACUUACUCAUGGCGGAAUUGCUGUUGUUUGUCUGCAUGGGUGGUUUGGCGGGAUACGUUACGGCGCGCUUAUACAAAACCUUCAAGGGCAAAUCCUGGCAAAAGGCGACGACUCUCACGGCCGUUGGCUUUCCCGGAAUAUGCUUUGGUGUAUUCAUAAUCAUGAAUGUAAUUGCUCUUGCGAAGCAGUCUACCGACGCUGUACCCUUUGUGACCAUGUUGAUUCUCGUGGUCUUGUGGUUCGGUAUUUCUACACCGCUCGUCUUCUUCGGCGCCUAUUUUGGUUACAAGCACGAGGCUAUUGAGUUUCCCGUCAAUACCAGCUCGAUCCCCCGACAGAUUCCCGAUCAACCCUGGUUUAUGGGUAUUCCAUUUACAAUGGCGAUUGGUGGUAUCUUGCCUUUUGGUUCGUGCUUUGUCGAGCUCUACUACAUUCUUGCCUCAGUGUGGAUGGACUACUACUACUACGUCUUUGGCUUUCUGUUCCUGGUCUUUUUGAUUCUCAUCAUUACCUGCGCCGAAAUUACUCUCCUCUUCACCUACUUCCAGCUCUGCAGUGAAGAUUACCACUGGUGGUGGCGCUCGUUCGCAAAUGCCGGAUCGACUUCGGCGUACGUCUUUUUAUAUUCCAUCUUCUACUUUCAGCAGCUCGAGGCCAACUUGUUGGCAACUUACGUACUCUACUUUGGUUACAUGGCACUGUCCUGUUUGGGACUAUUCUGUAUGAUGGGUUUUGUGGGAAUGUCGACCUCACUGUGGUUUAACAAGGUCAUUUUUUCGUCCAUCAAAAUCGACUAG